UAAACGUGAUGCUAUUGUGCGCGAUUUUUUCGACUUUAAUUUCGAAAAACAUGAAUCAAAGUGUAAAAUCUGCAACAGCCCUUUUAAGGGCUCAUACUUUACAAACUUAAGGAGGCAUCUUCUAGACCGGCAUGCCGAAGCUUACUCAUCUGAGUUAAGCCAGCAGAGCAGUGAGCCCGUGGAAAAGAAAAAAAAAAUUGUCAUAAAGAUGUCGCCCAGUGAAGUGAAAGAGGCUUGCGUGCAGUUUGUGACGGACGAAAAAUUGCCAUUUAAAAUGUUUGAUUCUGCACCUUUUAAGACCUUGACGGAGCAAAUUUUUAAGGGGUUGGAAAUGACUCCCGUAACAGCGCGGAAUGUUAUGCAGCAUGUGUCGGAGAAGUAUGAACGCGAAAAGGCCUUGUUAAUAAGCCGUCUAAAAAAUAAGGUCGUUUCGCUGAAAAUUGACAUCGCUUCAAGGCAUUCCAAAGGCAUACUGGGCUUAAACGUGCAAUAUUAUCAUAAUAAAGCCAUUGAGAUCAAGACGUUAGGUGUUAUUGAGCUGCAUCAAAAACAUACUGGGCUCAAUUUGAGCAGUGAAAUUGAAAAUAUUUUGGCAGAUUUUUCAAUUUCUAAGCAGCAAAUUUAUACCAUCACGUCCGACAAUGGCAAAAAUAUUUUGAAGGCAAUAGAGCAUUUAAAUGAAGACCCCGAAAGUGCGCUUAGCUCCGAGGAUGAAAAUGAGGAGCUAGUGCAAGAAGUAAGAAUUUUUUCCAUCGCUUCUAUACGAUGUGCUGCUCACUCCUUGCAACUGGCCGUCAAAGAUUUUUUAAAUAACGAUGAGAGGAGCGAAAUUGUGGAAAACGCCCGAAAACUGGUGAAGACAUUGCGAACACCGACUUUCAGGUUAGCAAUUGCUGCAACAUCGUUACCGCUGCCCAUAAAUGAUGUGCCAACAAGGUGGAGCUCGACAUACGAGAUGCUGAAAAGUGUAUGCAUUUACGAGGAAUUCAUACACCAACACUUGCCACCAAUUCGCCAAUUCGCACUGCUGUCUGUGCUGGAGCCGAUAUCCGUGGCUACCAAAAAAUUGCAGAGCGAACAGCUUUAUUUUGGCGACUUUUUCAAGCUUUUGUUGGAGACAAAACUAAUGAUUAAUUCUAUGAGCAGCAAUAUUCAUAGGGAAGAUCUUGUCAAAAGCUUAGAGAGUCGAGAGAAUAAUCUUGUAACGAAUGAAGUUAUUCUUUCUGCAAUUUAUUUGGAUCCCAGACUUCGGCGGAUUAUAGUUAAAAAUCCGAUUCAGCUGGCAGCCGCGAGGAAUCAUUUGUUGGGACUGAUGCGAAAAAUACUUGCAAUAAGUAGACCAGAAAACCCAAUCUAUGAAGACCGAAUAGUAGCUGAUUCUGCUACGUCUGAAGCAUCUUUUUCACAACCGAACGAUUGCCCUGAACUAACGUCCCAGAGUACAUGCUCAUUAUUAAAUGAUUAUUUAAAUUCAUUUGCGGUGAGCUCUGGAAGCGAAGACUCUGAGGACGAUGAUGAACCCGAGCUAAAAUUGGAUAAAUAAUAAAUGGAUAUUCACCGAAGCCCAUAGAUCCAAGCGUGAAUAUCAUGAGCUAUUGGGAGUCGAAAAAAUUCACGUAUCCACGCUUGUACCGUCUGGCUCAGGUAGUACUUGCUGUGCCUGCUACGCAGGUAUCGGUUGAAAGGGCAUUUUCGGCCCUUAAAUUAGUAAUUACUGAUCUAAGAUGCAACCUUG